GAAAGUGAGAUCUGCUCAAUAGUCAGAUGCCAUUGUUUGCUUUGGAAUACUGAGUUUUCCUUCCCACAAAGAAGUCUAAAACAAUAUAAGAUUAACCAGGCCUCUGCAUAGUUAUAUUAUUUAUAGAUUUAUUGAUGUUUAUUUGUUAUUUUAAUGAGUCACAUGCUCCAUUUAGACAAGUACCUGUGGGUUAUCUUCCUCCUGUAGGUGCUGCUGCAUGGGCUUUUGGGGGAAAAAAUAAACCUGUCACAGAGAAUGAGACAGAACAAUUGAUAUUUUAUAUUGGGAAUAUUCUGAGUUCUGUGAAUGUGCAAUCUUCACAUAAAAUCAUUCUGCUUUAUUCUGCAACAUUUUUUGUCUGAUUAAGUUAACAGAAGGGUUAAUACAUUUAAAAAGAAUUUGUUUUCUUGCAACAUUAAAUUUACCCAUGAAAGUCACUUUUUUAUGACUGUUGAAUUUUUACAUAGAGAUCUUAGUACCCUUUUCUGGGUCUGGCUUUGAAAAUGUCAUUUUUGCUUAGAGCAGUGACUCUGGAGUUGUAUGUGCAAGAUUCAAUAGCGCUAUUCAGCCAGCUCUCAAGGCGUUUUCUUUCCUGAACUUCCAUCUGCCGUUUGCUUUCCUUCUGAUAAAUUUGGGACGACGUUAUAUUCAGAAACAUCAUUAAGAUAAAAAAUAUUGAGAACGGGUUUUUUUUAAAAAAGCUACCGUGUUGGGGGCAAGCCCCAUUUUAAUACUAUAUCUGGAACAGGUUGCUUUGUGUUAUGUACUGUUUCAGAAGGUCCGCUGCGUUUGAGGACGCGUCUUCAUUUUGCUGGUACAAAAAUAAUCCACACAUCUUUGCAGUUAGCUAAUUAUCCAUCUGUAUUAUUUUAAAUUAGAAUAAGUGAUUUAUAUUUCCUGGGAUUUUUUGAACGAGAGAUCUUAAUUGCUAAAUCCCCGAGAUAGAGAACGAAAAAGAUGGUGCGUCUUUCCACGGUUAAAUUUGGGAGAAACAAGCCGAAACUUGAAUGCAAAUUAUUUCUGACCGAAACAGUCGUGGGGGUAUUGAGAAGUAAGGAAUCGGAGAAAUAGAUUCGUUCGACGGGAUGUCUAAUCACUCACAACCUGCCUUGGUGCUGAAAGCAACUGAGAGUGAAGAUUGGAGAGGUAAGGGUAACUUGUUGACUGUGAAGUAAAAACGAGGGAAGGCUAAUGCGUGUGCUGGGUGUACGGUCAUGAGAGUCCGUCCAAUAGAUAAAGGAUGGAUUCGUGAAAAUAUAAUCAAGGAAAGGACGAGAAAAGAGAAAGAGCUAUUAUUCCUUCACAGUUCCCCUGCCAGAUACAACUCACUGCUUUUGGUAAACCUUUUCGAAUUCACACCAUUCACCACCACCUCCCAUCCGGAAGGAUAAAUAAAGAGGAACAGGCAGAAGAUAACGUUUAGGCGAAAGAAAAAUAGAUGUGAAACGGCCGAGAAAGCAGUACGGAGAUAUCCGAGUCAGGUGGGGAAAAAAUCGUAUUGUCAGCGCAACCCCAUGGGAGAUCGAGCAUAUUGCUGACCUACAUCUCCACCAGCAGUUUGGUAUUAUUCCGCAAAUCGUUAGAUAAUCCUUUGAAGGUGGAAGAUAUGACCAGAAGUGCGAUGGCCUUUCCAUUGAUUGUCUUCGAGCGAUGUGGGUUACUCACUCCACUCCGUCCAGUGUCAUUGUAAAUACUAACAACCUGACGUCAGGACGGCGGCGGCGGCGGCGGCGGCGGCGGCAGGAGCUGCCACAACCUGAGCGGUUGGCCAAUAUCACCAGAGACUGAGCACGGUGCGAAGGCGAGCGGCAACGCAGACUGUUAUGGGCAGAAAGUUUCCCCUGUUCCACCGCUCAGUUUGUGUUUUGAUUUGUUUCGCCAACUUGGCGGCCUCGCUGGAAUAAAUUCAAGGAAGUCAAGCCAAACAUACGGAAACCGAGCCGCCAGUCAACUGGAUUGCUCAGUGAUUUAAUCUGUACAGUAUUAUUAAAAUAAAAAAAGUAUAGUGCACGUUUAGGAUCUUGGAAGGUUAAGUCUUUCUUGCAGCAGUGUUCGCCGACCUCAAAUCGCAAUGACUUGGAUGUGAAGGUGUUCUGAAGAACCAGCCAUGGAAACCAAAGGAUAUAUUGACUACCCUGAAAUAAUGAAUAUUGGAAGACAGUGGCCUCUGAAUAAACUUGUGUCCAGUGCUGGGAAUAACAAGAUCAAUAGCUGUGACAACAGUGCAAUGACUAUUCUUGAUGUUAGUUGUGUACCCCCUGUUGCAAAGAGUGAAGAUGGAGAAGGAAAUCUGGAGCUUUCUCCUGCCCUUCAUCAUCAGCCACCUUUCCAAGUGCAGCACCAGUAUCCACAUCCUGGUUUUCUUGCUUCGGAUCUGAAGUGUCACCUAGGAUCUGCUAAAGAACUCUCAAAAACUGUUGCCGAGUCCAUGGGUUUGUAUAUGAAUUCAGUAAAAGAGAUGGAGAAUGAAUUUAACUACAGCAUGCAAACCGAACAACUGGAGGGGAGGGCCAGCAAUAUUACUGAAAAUGGUGAACAAGGACUGGAUCUUCAGAAGGAGAAGGCUCAUGCUAUCUUGUCACAGCAAGGGAUGAGACGAUGUUCUUCUUCCUCUAGCCCUGGAAAAAACAGCCAGAGUUCAUGCAUCUCCAGUCCUAUAAACUAUAACUUAGGCUCUUCAUUAUCAAGUCCUAACAAUAUGAACUCUUGUGUUUCUAGUCCUGCUAAAUUAAAUUACCUAGCUCUAUCUAGUCCGGAUGCUGUUAGCAAUUUAGGAUCUUCCAUCUCUAGUCCAGACAACAUGAAUAAUUUGAGUAAUUCUGUCACUAGUCCAACCGAUGUUCAUUGCAUGAUCUCAGGUUCUACUAAGAUAGGCAGCCUAGCCCUAUCCAGUCCUAGUAAUAUGAACAGCUUGUAUUCUUCCAUCUCCAGCCCUGACCAUGUCAGUCCCAAUAACAUGAGCUCUCCUCUUUCCAUUCCUACUAAUCUAGCUUCUCCUCAUUCUGUCUCCACUAGUAAUACAGUUUUGUCCAGCUCUAAUAAUAGCAGUGUGACCUCUUCAGUCUCCAGCUCUGCUGUAAAUAAUCUGUGCUUUCACAACUGCAGUCCUGCUGAUGGGUCAAGAAUUAUCAUCGAUCUCCAUCAGAACCCAGCAAUAAGAAAUAAGAAUCAUGAGGAAGUUAAUGUAUCUAAAGAUGAGAAGUCAAAAGGUGAAUGUUUAAAGACUGGUUCAAUUAACAAUGAUAAUCCUGUUCGGUUUAUAAAAACAGAAGCAGAAAGCGAUUUUAGUGGUUCAUGUUUCCCAAGUAGGGGUAGUUCAGACCUAUCUAAUUCAACAUUCUCAAUGCCUUUAAAAUGUGAGAUGAAUGAAAGUGCAUGCCUGAAUUCAGUGUGUACUGGUCAAGUUUCAGAAAACCCCUUUUCAGAAACUGCACGUCAGAUGAUUGAUCUCAAGACAAGUUAUGGAGACUCGUUUGACCCUUAUGGGAACUUAGGGGCUCCUGCAUCUUCCUCUAGUUCUAAUUACGGACAGGAUGCCUUUUUACAACCAAACACUAUGACCGUGAUUAAACAGGAGCCAAACGAUGAUGGCUACUGCCAAGCCACCUGUUCACCGCCAUCCACUAUUGUAGGUGUUAACUCAACUGGACAAUCAUUUCAUUACAGAAUUGGUGCCAGUGGCACAAUUUCCAUGCCCUGCCCUUUUGUGAGAGAUGCAAGACCUCAGCUUUUAAAUUUAAUUACUCCAGUGUGCUCUGUACUUGGGUCUUGGAAAUCGCACCCUGUCAUGCCACAGAACUCCAUAGCUGCUGGAAAAAAUGAUGGCUAUCCAUUGCAAGGAUAUGUUCCUGAGAAAAUGUCACGCUCCCCUAUUAGACUGGAUCGAAGUUGCUCAUCGGUGACCACAACGCCUUUGAAGGUCUGUUUGGUUUGUGCAGAUGAGGCAUCAGGAUGUCAUUACGGUGUCCUUACCUGCGGUAGUUGCAAAGUUUUCUUCAAAAGAGCUGUAGAAGGGCAACAAAACUACUUGUGUGCAGGAAGAAAUGACUGCAUUAUUGACAAAAUCCGGAGAAAAAACUGCCCAGCUUGCCGAUUGCGAAAGUGUCUUAAUGCAGGAAUGAACUUGGGAGCACGCAAGUCUAAGAAACUAGGAAAGGUGAAAGGGCUACAUGAAGAGCAGCAACCUCCACACAGCCCGAAGGAAGGCAUGACGUUCACUGCUUCUUUGCCAGAAUCCACUGGGAACAGUGCUCUUGUUCCCCAUUUCUCACUUAUGCCACCCCAUAUAAGCCCGUCCCUAAACACCAUUCUUGAAGCCAUUGAGCCUGAAGUGGUUUAUGCAUCGUAUGACAGCAGUCAGGCAGACACAACUAAUCGCCUGUUGUCCAGCUUGAACAGGUUGGCUGAGAAACAGAUGGUUCGAAUAGUGAAAUGGGCAAAAGGUCUUCCAGGAUUCCGUGUCAUGGCACUUGAUGACCAAAUGACUCUGCUCCGGUACUCUUGGAUGUGUUUAAUGACGUUUAGCCUUAGUUGGAGAUCGUACAAACACACCAAUGGCACAAUGCUUUACUUCGCACCAGAUUUGGUGUUCAAUGAACAGCGGAUGCAGCGGUCAGCUAUGUAUGAACUAUGCCAAGGGAUGAAAGGCAUCAGCAUUGAAUUUGUACGCUUGCAACUGACUCACGAAGAGUUCCUGUGCAUGAAAGUCCUUCUCCUACUUGGCACAAUUCCAAAAGAUGGCCUAAAAAGUCAAGCUUCAUUUGACGAAAUGAGGACAACUUAUAUCAAGGAGUUGAGACGAGUUAUAGCAAGAAAUGAAAAUAACAUGGGACAAAACUGGCAACGGUUUUAUCAUUUGACCAAAGUCUUGGACUGUGUGCAUGAGCUGGUCAGUGGGCUGCUGCAGUUCUGCUUCUACACGUUUGUGGAAUCAAAAGCACUAAAGAUUGAAUUCCCAGACAUGCUGGUGGAAAUCAUCAAUGAUCAGUUGCCGGACGUCACAAUGGGAAUGACCAAGUCCCUUUAUUUCCACAAGAAGUGAUCCUCAAUGAUGAACUUUGCCUUAAACUUUCCUCCUCAUGUUUUGCUGGCUUUAAAAAUUAUUUUAGCAGGCUUGGUGUCCUGUAUGUUGCUAUACACUAAAGAAAAGCUUCAUGAAGGUUUUGGACUGAUAAAAUACAGAUAUGUAUCAAAGAGAUGAAAAGGGAUAUAUUCAAAGGUUAAAAGGAAUUUGGAGAAAUGUAUUUUUUGAAAGAAGUAUAUUUUGGCAGGAAAAAUUGAAAUAUAGUCUCUUUUAUAAAAGGUAAAUUUUGUAAAGUGAAAUGUUUCUGCAUGCAUAAAGAUCUGAUGCUUACAGUGUAUUUAAGAAAGGGAACGUUGUGCCUUUUUAGUAUCAUAUCUAAUUUAACCAUUUUACAGCUUUUGCUGUAAAUAAACCAGAUUUACUAGAUGAAUUAUAUUAAAUAUUUCUUCUAUUUUGUAAUUAAUUUCCUGUUAACUAUAUUUUCCCCUCUUUGACUGUCAAUGGUGACUUUUGCUUUGUAACAAUAUUGCUUUUUGUUGCAUCGCUGAGCAGCUUUCUAGGUUCCAUCUUUGUUGUUUUGUGCAGUAGCCAUAGGGAACCAAGGACUGGAUGAAACGGCAAAAAGGUGCAUAUGGCUCACUUUUCUAACAACUCUCCAAACGAACAGGCUGAGUAGCAGGGUUAAACCAUGCCCUGAGAAUAAUGUCCUUUCCAACCUUUUUAGAAGUCUAAUGAUUUUCUGUGCUUUGCUAUAUAGUUCUGUAUAUUCUGCUGUUGGAGUCCUGAUGUAGCACUUUUGGUAAUUCAUACACUGUACUUAUCCAAAUGAUAUGCAGAAUUAUAAAAUAGUUCUAAAUAAGUUGAUUUAUAUUUCCUUGGAAGCACUUAAGCAUCUACAUUUGUGUCAGCAAAGGAUAUUAAAAAUAUUAUGAUUAAGUUA